UAUUUUCGUUAUAUUUGAAUUUGAAAUAGGUUUUGGAAGAAAGGAACCGGGUCUGAGACGGCUUCAAUGUCGCAUUACACACGUCUACAACCCUAACGUUGAGAGUGCGGGCACUAUGCCCCUAGUUUCCGUGUCCUUUCCAACUCCCAACGACCAGUCAAUCCGCCAGGAUACUCUCCCUCUUCCUCUCUGCGAGUGAAUGAAUGAGAGGGCCAAGCACAUACUCCCUGAUUGUGUCGAUACUUGUCAUCGGAGCUCUGCGUAUAAACCCCGUCGAUGGCGGCGAGUUCUCCGGCGACUACUCCAAGCUCUCCGGCAUCAUCAUCCCUGGCUUCGCCUCCACUCAGCUCAGAGCCUGGUCGAUAUUGGACUGCCCCUACUCCCCUCUCAAUUUCAAUCCCCUCGAUUUGGUCUGGCUCGACACUACCAAACUUCUUUCUGCUGUCAACUGCUGGAUAAAGUGCAUUAUUCUUGAUCCUUACAAUGAAACAGAUCAUCCAGAAUGCAAGUCUCGCCCUGAUAGUGGUCUUUCUGCAAUCACAGAACUUGACCCAGGUUACAUAACAGGUCCUCUUUCGUCAGUGUGGAAAGACUGGGUCAAAUGGUGCAUUGAAUUUGGUAUUGAGGCUAAUGCAAUCAUUGCUGUUCCCUACGACUGGAGAUUGUCGCCAUCAAAGCUUGAGGAGCGAGAUAUCUACUUUCACAAACUAAAGCUUACAUUUGAAACUGCCCUUAAACUUCGUGGUGGCCCCUCAAUUGUUUUUGCCCAUUCAUUGGGCAACAAUGUUUUCCGCUACUUUUUGGAGUGGUUGAAGCUGGAAAUAGCACCCAAAAAAUAUGUCCAGUGGCUAGAUGAUCACAUUCAUGCAUAUUUUGCUGUUGGAUCCCCUAAUCUUGGUUCAGUUGAGACCAUAAAAGCAACACUUUCCGGAAGCACAUUUGGUCUUCCUGUACCUGAGGGAACAGCUCGGUUGUUGUACAAUUCAUUUGGCUCUUCUAUGUGGAUGAUGCCAUUCUCAAAGUAUUGUAGGACCGAUAACAUAUACUGGAAGCAUUUCAAUAGCGGGAGCAGAAAAAAUCAUCACACUUAUCAGUGUGAUGCACAUGAAUACCAGUUGAACUUUUCUGGAUGGCCCACAAAUGUAGUCAAUAUUGAAAUCCCAUCAAUACAAGGUAAAACUUCCAUGAGGUGCGUUUUGGCCACAUUGGUUUUACCAUGCUUAGAUGGUUCUUUUUGUUGUUUUACAUUGUCAGGAGUUGAUACUUAUCCAUCCAUAUUCGAAGUAGCUCAGGCAAACAUGUCUAUUAUGGAAUGUGGAUUACCAACUCAGUUGUCCUUUUCGGCUCGUGAAGUAUCAGAUGGGACCUUUUUCAAAGCUAUAGAAGAUUAUGAUCCUGAAAGCAAAAGACUCUUAUACCAGUUAUACAAGACAUAUCAUGGUGAUCCGGUUCUGAAUCCAUUGGCGCCUUGGGAUAGACCACCUUUAAAGAACAUAUUCUGUAUAUAUGGAAUAGAUGCGAAAACUGAGGUCGGUUACUAUUUUGCACCAAGCGGCAAGCCUUAUCCUGAUAACUGGAUCAUUACUGAUGUCAUAUAUGAGUUUGAAGGAUCUUUGUACUCCAGGUCAGGUAAUCUGGUUGAAGGGAACCCAGGAGUUGCUAGUGGGGAUGAGACGGUACCGUACCAUUCCCUUUCUUGGUGCAAGAAUUGGCUGGGACCGAAAGUGAACAUCACAAGGGCACCUCAGUCAGAGCAUGAUGGGUCAGACGUACAAGUGCACCUUAAUGUAGAACAUCAUCAUGAAGAGGAUAUAGUUCCCAGCAUGACAAGGUCACCUAGGGUGAAGUACAUAACCUAUUAUGAAGAUUCUGAGAGUCUUCCUGGGAGAAGGACAGCUGUUUGGGAACUUGACAAGGCAAAUCACAGGAACAUUGUUAAAGCUCCAGUACUAAUGCGGGAAUUAUGGCUUGAGAUGUGGCACGACAUCCAUCCUGAUGCAAAAUCAAAAUUUGUUAUGAAAGCUAAGCGUGGUCCUCUGAGGUAUGAGGACUGUUACUGGGACUAUGGUAAAGCUCGUUGUGCAUGGCCAGAGCAUUGCGAAUAUAGAUAUGUCUUUGGAGAUGUUCACCUCGGGCAGAGCUGUAGGCUAAAGAAUUCUUCAGCUGAUCUCCUCUUGCAUUAUUUGUAAUAUGUGAGGACUCUUUUGAUGUGUUUCUUCAAGAGUCAGGCAUCUCACUGUGCAGUAUUUCCAUCGGUGCCUCCAUGUACCACGAAUUUACAAUGAAAAGACUGGGAGCAAAUGGCUAUGAAGGACUCGGAAGUAAUCCCCCAACCUGUAGGUAGAGUUUACAUUGUGAAAAUGGCGAUGAACGAAAAUUGUAACUCUAUUUUUAGUAUGAAGUAGAGAAGUAUAGUAUUCCACUAUUCCCGUGAAAAAUAAUCCAGCAGUAUAUUCUUGUGAGCAUUUUGAACAAAGAGUAUAAUGUUGUAUAUUGAAUGUCGGAUUUCAAGCUUUAUUUAUUCGUUGCAGCUA